AUGGACACAUGCCAGCACACUACACAUGGACAUGCAACCAUACUCACACUACACACAUGGACGUACACAACCAUACUCCUACAUGGACAUACACAACCAUACUCCUACACAUGGACGUACACAACCAUAAGCACACUACAUGGACGUACAACCAUACUCACACUACACAUGGACGUACACAACCAUACUCACACCCACAUGGACGUACAGCCAUACUCACACUACACAUGGACGUACACAACCAUACUCACACUACACACAUGGACGUACACAACCAUAAGCACACUACACAUGGACGUACACAACCAUAAGCACACUACACAUGGACGUACAACCAUAAGCACACUACACAUGGACGUACACAACCAUAAGCACACUACACAUGGACGUACACAGCCAUAA